UUUGCGGACGUGUGUGAAAGGUAUCCAUGAAUGGUGUGAUGGGAGAGAAAUUUGAGGUUGUGCCAGGCUGUGUACCGUCACUUGAAAUUGUAUUCGACUUUCUGCUUGAUUUUGUUAUUUUAAUGUGAAGUUGGAAUAUAUAUUUCACUGGGCGUAAUCAAUCAUUAUCAAGGAGAGAGAGGCAGGCAGAAUCAACGGCAGCUGUGCUUGGAGCCCUAGCCUGCUGCUAAAGCUAGCUAGGUAGCAAGCGCGAGACUUGUGUAGAAUUACAGUACAGCGCUUCAGGGGCUAGUUAGCUAUCAUGCCUCGAGACAACAUGACCUCCAUCGUUCAGAAAAUGGCCAGACAGGCGUUUGUAACUUUUAGAAACCCAUCUUCAGUAGGUGAUAAAGCGUUUUUGGGUAAUCAAUGUAAACUCCAAAGCCUCAUGACCGAAAUCAGAGCUGCGGAUCUGAAGAUCGCUCCAAGGAAAGUUGACAGCGCUUCUACGCCUUUGCCACACAACCCCCCGGUCACAUACAUGCACAUAUGCGAGACAGACGAAUUCAGCAUGGGGGUGUUUCUGCUAAAGAGCGGUGCUUCCAUUCCCUUGCACGACCACCCGGGAAUGUACGGAAUGUUGAAAGUUAUGUAUGGCAAGGUCAGGAUCACCUGUUUUGACAGGUUGGACAAAUCAACUAGCGUGGCCAGUGAUACGCAAUUCAACCCUCCCCUGCUACCUUUUCAGAGAGGUGCGCUGAGGAGAUCGAUACUCAGGUCGGUCGGGGAGUUUACAGAAGAGAACGGACCGUGUAUCUUCACCCCUGACCGAAACAACCUUCACCAAAUCGAUGCUGUCGAUGGACCCACAGCUUUCCUCGAUAUUCUGGCACCCCCAUAUGAUCCAGACGACGGGAGAGACUGUCAUUAUUACAAAGUUCUGCAGUCUGCCUCGGACUCUCGGGACAAAAAGGGUGAGGCUGAGGGUCAAAAGGAAGUUUGGCUGAUGGAAGUAUCACAACCUUCUGAUUUCUGGUGUGGUGGUGAACCAUACCCCGGCCCAGAAGUCAACAUCUGAAGCGCACUAGCUUUGAACGCUGAAUUGAUUUGUGAACCUUUGAUUCUCAGGACCAUGUCAAAACAUUGUGUAAAUGUAUGAUGAUCAUAAUUCCUACAAUGAUGGAUUAAUUAAUGGGAUGUCACAGUGCCGUGUAACGGGAAAACAUGUCUUGUGAACUAAAUGCACUUAUCCUAAGUUGGACUAUGCAUUCUGCCUGUAAUAAUAAUAAUAAUAAUAAUAAUAAUAAUAAUAAUAUGCCAUUUAGCAGACGCUUUUAUCCAAAGCGACUUAAUGAAAGUACUUACACAGUUGAUAAAUUGUGAUCUUUGCACAUCAUCUCUAAUGUAUUUGAAAUUCUUGAUAAGCAUUUCAUGUCUUGAAAUGAACUGAAACCAUACAUAAUAUUUCUCAAAAUAAAAGCAUAAAGGUAGAUUCAAGAAUGCACUGAUUAAAUGGUGGUGUUCAAGCACUUAAACAUUUCAAAAUACAUGAUUUGCUACAAGCAAGUUUUGAUUGGAUCAAACUACAUUGUUUGAGUUAGUCCCAUGGGACAUGGGUUACUGAAUAACCAUCUUAUAAAUUCCUUCAUUAAUUGAGCUUCCCUGAUUAAACUUAAACCCCGUAAUAA